AUGGGAGAGGAAAGUGGCAACGAGGAAGAAGCAGCUGGCUGGCACACCAGGGAGCUAGGCUCGGGGAUAGCUGGCAGCGGCUCCUCGCCUUCUUCCGAACCAGACGAUGGUGCUUCGGACGGAGGCUCGGAAGGAGGUUCCGGUGGUUCGGAGGGUGGUGCGGCAGAUGGUUCAGAAGCAGGUGCUAGGGCAGGAAGGGAUGGUUCGGCAGGUGAAGAUAGUGGUGCGAGCAGGGAUGGCUCAGCAACAGGCUCGGGAGUUGGUGGAAGAGAAGACGCAGCAACUGGUGAUGGUGCUGAUGAUGGUGAUGGUGUUACUGGUGCUGAUGGUGCUGAUGGUGCUGAUGGUGCUGAUGAUGGUGAUGAUGGUGAUGAUGGUGAUGAUGGUGAUGAUGGUGAUGGUGAUGGUGAUGGUGGUGGUGAUGGUGACAAUGUUGUUAAUGUUGAUGCUGAUAUUGAUGCUGGUGCUGAUGGUGAUGGUGCUGAUAAUGCAGAGGAUGCUGAUGACGCUGGCGAGGGUGGUGCUUCUAGCGAUGGUGGUGAUAAUUCUGGUGAUGAUAGUGCUGAUGGUGCCAAUGGUGCUGCUGAUGGUGCUGAUGGUGGUGAUACAGCUGGUGAUGAUGGCAAUGAUGGAUGA